CAAUUGCUUUGAACCUCAGUGCUGGUGAAAAAGAUGGCGGCGCCCUACGGUGAUACGUGUAACGAGAAGAUGCUGUAGAUAAUUAUUACUUUAUAAAGAUACAUAAUACUUAGCAACAUGUUUAAAGAAACUGCACAACUUUUUAAGGCCGCAGCUCCUUUGCUUGCAAAAACGACGCUUUGGAAGGAAGUAAGAAUCAGCUCGACACAUGGAGGGAGCAGUGUCCACGGGCAUCGAUAUUUCAAUGUCACCUGCAGUUUAUGUGCGAAGGUACCGCCGAGAAAAAAGCCGCGAAUCAAGGUGGACAUACCCGGACUCGAGCGCAUUACCUAUGGCGAUAGAAUGCACUAUGUCCCUGGGUUGGCAAAGCCCUCUUUCCCUACCUGGGUGCGAGACUGGAACGACCCCUCUCAUUAUUAUGCGCCGAAAGAGGAAGAAAUGCCACUCCAUAAAGAGAAGUCUUGCUUCAUAUUUAACCAAAGGACAAACGCACUUGAAGGGGUCAGGCAAGCACUGUGGCUCACUAAAUCCAAGCUGACAAAUGGACUUCCGGACCAGGUUCUGUCAUUGGCUGAGAAUGAAGCCAAUCAGAUUGAAAACCAGGAUGAGCGAGUUCAGAAUGCCAUCAGGCAUGCUCGCUUCUGGGACACCACAGAGGAACGACCGUCCAGAGACCAUUUCUGCGUGGCUUUGCUGAGGAGCCUGAUCCACCUGUGUGGGAGCCUGCAGGUCAGUCAUCCUGGGCUUGGCAGGAGGAUCCUGGCGGAGAAAUACAGUCUGGCUGCCACAUGGAGCAGAGGUGAAGACUUGUUCCAGGUGCGAGGGCAGAAUGGGUUGCUGCUCAACAGCAUGGCCCCUCUCCCAGUGCUUGCUGGGAAAGAGGAGGUCCAGAGCACGGCCGACCAUGUCCUGGAGACGUUCUACCCAAUCUCUCCCACCAUCGACCUGCAGAGUGUCCAGGUCUACGAGGAGCAGAACCAUACAGGCUUCAAGGCGGACUACCCUUACCCUCAUGCCCACACCCUCUUCCUCCUGGAGGCAGGAGACACCCCUGUCACUCUCCUUCCUGAGCAGCUCCGUGCUAAGAUGAUCAUGUUUGCCUUCGGGAACGCCCUGGCUCGUGCUCACACACUCCACGGGACUAAGCCUGGGGUGCUGGAGCAGCCCAUAGUGGUCCAGUCGGUGGCCACCAACGGCCGGAUGUUCCAGUAUGUGGUGUUCCAGCUCAACACCACAGACCUGCAGGCUGACGAGGGGGUCAAGAACCAGGUGUGGGUGGAGAAUGACCAGCUGCUGUACGACUUCGCCAAGGUCCGCCCCCUCAUCAAGAAGAGGGUGGUGCAGAUUCCACCAGGUCUAUCUGGGUACAAGCCUGAAACCUUCCAGAAGUUCCUGUCCCUCUAUCUGCAUGGAGCUGUGUGAACUAGCUACAUUAAACGGCAUCAAAACAACAAUGUUCCACUA